CAAAAAUUAAUUGACAACUUCCUUUUAGGAAGUAUGACUGGGCAAAGAUUAACACAAUUUUUUUUUUAAAUUCUAUUAACUACCAAGAAAUAUCUGAGGCAGCAGAUAAGCCCUACAGAUAGCUUGUGUCACAAUGUUGAAAUUUUGGUUAAUUCAUUUGUUAACUUUGACCAACUUCUGUGUUGCAGAUCAGAUAUUUAACUUCGGCUGUGAAUCUAACAGUUACAAUGAGAAGCCAGCUUUUCUUGCAUUUGUUAAGCAACAUUUAACCAUUCCUAAUGAGCAAACCAUAAAAUUUGAUGAUAUUGAGACAAACAUAGGAAAUCAAUACAAUCCCUCAUCAGGAGUGUUCACAGCACCAAAAAACGGGCUCUAUGUGAUGGGCUGUUUGAUAAUGGCACAAGGAGCUAAUGAUGUUCACUAUAAAUGGAUGAAAAAUGAUACUUUUUUCUCAAAUGGAUAUGUUGCCAAAACAGACCAUGGUAAUACACAGUACCAAAGUAUUGUUCUAUCAUUAAAGAGAGGAGAUCGAAUUUCUAUCAAGAAAACUGGAGGUGGCAAUAUUCAUGGCAACCGUUAUUCCUAUAUGUCUGGUUAUCUGUUAAACUGAUGUUUUUUUUACAACAAUUGCAAUUAAAACAGGGGUUUAAGACAGUUAAGUUCUGAGAAAAGGAAUUAUGAAUGCACUGUUGAAAAUUGCUUAUUUAAUAACAAAUAAAAUAACUUUUGUCUGUAUUAAUCUUAUACAUGUAUAGUUAACAUUUAAAGGCCAUUCAAAAUAAAAAUUUAGUUUCACAA